GGCAGCCAAGCCCUCCAGAAACCAUGUGACUUGAAGUCUAGAUCACACUACCAAUGCUGUAAUAGACUGGCGCUAUUGCUCGCCUAUAAUAUUUGAGCGAUGGCUCAUUUGAUCCUGCCAUAUCCACGAUAAGUGACACCUAACAUGCUGAACCCCAUCACCAGCUGCUCCAGCCUAGCAUUCUUGCGGCGCUCACAGAUAUCAUCUAUCUACAAGAGCAGAGUCAGGUUAGCCUCCUUGCACUCUACGGCAUCUACGCCCGUAAUCCGAAGAGAGAGCUUGGGAGAUUUUUCAUUAACAGACCGGGUUGCGAUUGUCACCGGAGGCAACCGUGGUCUCGGACUCGAGGCUGCAUUGGCGCUCUCUACGGCGGGUUCGCGCGUAGUAUAUUGUUUAGAUCUCCCGGAGAAUCCAGGUGAAGAUUGGAACGCCGCUCGCCAGAGCGUAGAAAAACUUGAGGGUGCAGGAAGACUCAAAUAUGUGACCAAUGACGUUCGCGAUCAGAAAAAGCUGCUCAAAACGGUAGAAGAAAUUGCAACAGAGGAAGGGAGGAUGGAUAUUUGCGUCGCAGUGGCAGGCAUUUCUGGAGCCCUGAAGUCUUGCUUGGAGUUUACAGAAGAAGAGCUCGAAGAGGUUUACGCUGUAAACCUCAAAGGAGUAUUCUUCAGUGCUCAAGCUGCUGCAAGGCAAAUGCACCGGUUCCAGACACCAGGAAGCAUUAUCCUCAUGGGCUCCGUCGCUGGCAGUGUUGCUCUGAAGCGCACGCCAGCACUUCCGUACAAUACUAGCAAGGCUGCGGUGAUAAACAUGGCCCGCGUUAUGGCAUGUGAACUUGCACAAAAAAACAUCAGGGUGAACUCACUGUCACCAGGUUAUAUCGAGACACCCAUGACGACAGCAGCAAUUUCUGCGCAACCGGAAUUCCAGACUAUAUGGUCAGAAGAAAGCUUCAUGAACAGACUUGGCAAGCCUCAUGAACUGCGUGGAGUUGUGACGUGGCUGGCAUCUGACGCAUCGAGCUUUUGCACGGGAAGCAACAUCAUUGUCGACGGUGGAUAUACCGCAUGGUAGAUGAAUUUAUUCUAUGUAUCUACAACGUAUUAUGAAAGCAAUCGCCACUGUUAUCUUAUCUUAUCUCUCCAC